CCGGGUCCUCCAGCCACCCUCGGCCGGUCCUGGAGGCCGUCGUAGCAGCCUGCCUUCGAGCUACUCCCAACCCCUCUGGCCGUGCUUCAGCUCUCGCCCUAGCGUCCCACACGACCGUCCUCCGCAUCGCGAUCGAGCCUCCUUCUCCCACCUGCUCUCGGCCCGGCCCCUGUUUCCCCCCAGCUGCCUUGGGCCCCGCUCACGACGCUCCAAACUAGAGUGGACACGAGGCGGAGGUCGUUGCCUGAGGGGCCGAGGAGCUUUCGGGUGCCUUGGUGGGGCCCAGCACCUUGACGCUGCUGGCCCGAGUCCCUACAGACAUUGAAGCGGUAGGUGCCAGGUGCCGGGGAGGAGGAGCCGCAGAAAGGCCAGAGGUCUGCCUGGUAUGGAACCUCAAGGUCUUUGUGAUAAUGGAAACCAAAAAAUUGAUUGGUAGAUCACUUCGACCAGCAAGACCUGUUUGUCAUCUGACUUCUGCCUCUGGAACAGUAUUCCCUUUCGACUUUCAGAAUGAAUAUCCAUGCAACACUCAGUACUUACAAAGUGGAGUUAGUAGAAGUAAGAUGAAUGGAAUGCAGACCUUUCCUCAAGGUCUGAAUAACCAACAGCAACAUCAGUCUCCAGUCAAAAAGGUAUACACAGAGAGAAUUAAAUACAGCAGAGAUUUCCUGUUGAAGCUCUCAAGUGUUUCCAUCUGCAGGAAAAAAAUGGACUUUCUGCCUGAUCAUCCUAUUGUACUUCAAAAACCAGAAAACAACAAAGGUUUUAAGGAACAUUUUAAGAACAGAUGAAUUUGAAGAUAAAGAAUUAUUUGUUUUAUGUUUGGACACCUGCAAAUGAAGUGGAUCUGAUAACAAUAACUGUAAUGGACUGUGACAGUUCAAUUCAUUUUUCAUUUUGAUGUUUGGGUAUUUGAUUUCUUCUAAAAUGAGAGAUAUAUAUUAAACUGUAAAGAAUUUUCUAAUCAGUUUCAGCUUUGCAGGCAGUUUUGUAAAUAAAGUGGGAAGAAACACAAGUAAAAUUAUGGUUAAUGACAUAGGAAGAUUGUGUAUUUAUAAUUUGUAUGCUACUUUCAGUCUUUUGUUUUUCACCACUUGUAAUAAUAGAAUGGAAAUAUAAUCUAUAAACAUUCUCAAAUUAUAAAGUAUUUGCUGCAAUGUAUAUAUGGCAUAUAAUUUCUUGUUGCUGAGGUUGCUGCUGUUUUGUUUCACACUGAUUUAAGACCAGCACUUGAAUAAUCUUUAUAGUCUUUGCAGAGGCCUAGGCUGAGUCAGGCUGUUCAGGGUGUGAAGUUCUCAGGGAAAUGAGGGAGAAUACUUAAUAGGCUUUUCUUUUCAAAUAUAUGAUUGCUCUAGGUUUUGAAUAACAUUGUCUAAGAUUCAUAAUUAGUAGCAAAGAUUGACAGUUUGGAAACAAUUGUGAAUAAAACUAAAGGUGAAAAAUGCUGCUACUGACCACAUGAACAAAAGUAAUUGCAAAAUACAUUAUUUCCAAAGAGGAAAAAAUUUAGACAUUUGUAAAUAAUUAAGGUACACUGAGAUUCAGUUCUUUAAUUUCCUAUAACAUGAACAUGUAGGGAUGAAGAAUUUUGGUGCUUAAACUUUUGGCUCCUAGAACUUUUAUACAAUCUCUUGGAAUUUGUCACUCUAAAUGUUACUAUUUCUAAAAACAAAAUUUUCUUCCAAGACUGUGCCAAAAAAUAUUGCUGAUAUAAAGGUAAGUAUAAACUCUCCUUACUUCUGUACUCUCAGGUGCUCUCAUCUUUGAGUCUAUUGGGAAGGCAUUUGAGGCCAUAUUUGCUAGAAAGUUUAUUUUAAAUUGAAUUCUGAACUCCUGAAACCAGGACCUUUUUGUUUCCUGGUCUUCAGUCUUGUUACCCAGUUUCAAGCUUUAAGUCAAUGGUUGGUUUACUAUCUUGGUCAUUUAGUACCCUACUUUUCAUUAUUUUGUUCCCCAGAAAAAUACAUUGUGUUUUAAAUAGGAAAAACUUCAUCAGCCACAAAAGUAUCAAUUAUUUUAAAAUUAGAUGUUUAUA